UAUAUUUUAUAAUGAAAUUUCUUAAAUUAGCAAUUUCUUUGCUUAGUGUAGUUUUAGUAAAAUGUGAAAAAUUCCGCUUCGAUAACUACACGUUAUAUAAAAUUUUCCCGGAAAGUGAAAUACAAGUGAAAUCACUUGAAAACCUUCAAAAUGAUAUAAGAUUUGAUUUUUGGACGGAUCCAGUGCCGUCAGCGGAGUUUGUUUUAGUCAUGUCGAGCCCUGCGGAUACUAAUGAACUUGUUACUUUCUUGGAGACAAACAACAUGAAAUCUGAGAUCACUAUGAGCAAUGUUCAAGAACACAUCGACAAACAAACCGUCAAACGAUACACACGUAGCAACGUUCGCUCUAUGUCCUGGGACGCCUACUACACGCUAGACGACAUCUACGCUUGGCUUGAUGACUUAGUCACUGCAUAUCCGGACAUUGUGACUGAAAUUAAUGGAGGUGGCUCCUACGAAGGCCGAGAAAUCAAGGGCAUUAAGAUAUCUCAUGGCAGCGGUAAAAGAAUUAUCUUCGUCGAAGGUGGUAUCCAUUCCAGGGAGUGGAUUUCACCUUCAUCAGUUUGCUAUAUCAUCUCUGAAUUGCUGACUAGAGAAGAUCCCGAAACAAUGGCCGCUGCUCGUGAUUAUGAUUGGUACAUAUUUCCUGUUACGAAUCCUGAUGGUUACAUUUGGACUCAUGAAAGCUUUAGGAUGUGGCGUAAAAAUCGACGUCCCUUCGGUUCUGAAUUUGGUGUUGAUCUGAACAGAAACUGGAACAACAACUGGCUUGUCGCUGGUGCCAGUGCAAACCCUGCUACAGACACCUACGCGGGCCCGGGCCCCUUCUCUGAACCAGAAACGAGAUCGUUAUCUAAUUACAUCAGUUCCAUCGGCGACCAGAUCGACUUGUAUCUGUCAUUCCAUUCCUUCAGCCAGAUGUUGUUGGUGCCUUACGGGAACACAACUGAUCAUAUAGAUAAUUACUAUGACCUGGUAAACAUUGGCCGUCGCGCCAUGGGAGCGCUGUCAGUUAGAUACCAAACGCAAUAUGUUACGGGGAAUAUUGCAGAAACUAUAUACCAUGCAACCGGCGGUAGCGUAGACUGGGUCAGAGGUCACCUCCGCGUCCCCCUAGUCUACUGCUACGAACUCCGAGACCGUGGCGCGUCCGGAUUCCUCCUGCCCACAGACCAGAUCCUGCCCAACAAUGAGGAGACCAUGGACUCGGUGCUGGAGAUCAUCCAUCAGGCUAAGAGGUUCGGGUACAUGAACAGUUCAGCGGGCUUGACGGGAUCUAUUGUAAUGAUAUUUGGACCGAUGCUGGCAUACUUUUUGUGAAAUACCUAAGUCAAAAUAAAU